AUGUUCAAGAAGGACUUGUCGGCGGGCGCAAAGUCCAAAGUAAAGUCCUCGGUUCAGCGGGGCAUCAGAGCCAAAGUGCUCGAGACGUAUCCGAACCUCGAGCCUUGCAUUGACGACAUCUUGCCCAAGAAGAGUCAACUGGACUUGUUGAAACUUCCCGACCGCGUCUCCCUAUAUGUCCUCGACGAUCGCCCCCUCUUCUACCAACACAUGGACGACCCUAUCAUCCCCCACCUGAAACUGGUCCACCAAUACCCGCAAUGUUUCAAACACCUGCGCAUUGACCGCGGCGCUAUCCGCUUCGUCCUGUCCGGCGCCACGCUGAUGGUUCCUGGUCUCACCUCCGCCGGUGGCUGGUUACCCGACAAGGACCAAGAGGUCAAAGCGGGGGAUGUUGUUGCCAUCACCGCAGAAGGGAAGGAAGAGGUAUGUAUGAUCGGGAUCUUGGAGGUGGGGACCGAGGAGAUGAAGGCGAAGAAAAAGGGCGUGGCGAUGAGUUCGGGACACUAUCUCGGGGAUGGGCUGUGGAAGAUGGAACUGAGUUGA